AUGAAAGAUGCGACCGAAGAAGCUCGUACAAGAAUCAUAUCACCUUUAAAGAUAGAUACGCCUGAAGUUUAUGAUCAACUCAUGAAGUUGGCUGACUUAAGUCAAGCUGAUGGGCACGAUUCUAACAGUAUUGCUAUUGUUAAUCCUUUAAAGGAUAAAGUACAAAAUGAAGAUAUAGACAAGUCUAUAUUUAUCAAUGCUUCUACUUCUCAAAAAUCUCCUGAGGAGCCUAUAACUCUCGGAGAAAUCUCGCUCAAGAGUUUAGACUCAGGAAAAGUUCAGACUUCUUCGAAUACGUCAGAUGCUGAUACACUUAAGUGGAUCAAGCAAUAUCAUAACUUGACGCAUUCAACAGUAGAUGCGAUGUUUGCAGAAGCGAAGCGCAGAGGUCUGAUCAACCUCAUUCUGCGUAAACUUUGCGAACAAAAGUACUUUAAGUGUGUUGAUUGCAAAAAGAACCAAAUCAAGCGCUACGGUUGGGUCCGACUAAAGUCGGUGCUCGAAGAUGAACCAAUGCGCAGGGUCAUCAUUGAUUUGGUUGUAAUGGAUGUAGGACGACAUGAUGAGAAAUAUUUGGACAAGGCCAUUAAAAGGCCCCAGUAA